UCGGACGGGGGCUGCUGUGGCUCAGGUUGGCCGCCAUGGACGGCGGAGCCUGGCGCGGGCCCAGGCCCGACGCGGAGGCAAGCUGCUCAGCCCUGCCUGGGUUGCCAUGGUGACGGGCGGCAGGCAGAGCAGGAGCGGCGGCGUCGAGGCUGUCAGUGAGAGCCAGCCGAGCGAGCGAGCGGCGGAAAUCAAGCGCAGGCGUCCGUGGGGGCUGCAGGAGGGGAAGGCAGCGCCGCCGCGGCCGCCAUGGACGCGCACUGCGAUGGUGGCGAACCCACCGCGCUGGGCGAGCAGCCGCCGCCGCCCUCGGGCAAGCUGAACAAAACCGCCUUCAAAUUGUUUAAGCGAAGGAAAUCCGGGGGCGCCAUGCCAAGCAUCUUCGGUGUAAGGAGCGGCGGCAAAAGCAAAAGCGGAGAAGGCGGCGGCGGCGGCGGCGGGCAGGGAACGGGCAUGGUGAGGAGCAAGACCCACGAUGGCCUGGCCGAGGUGCUGGAGGUGGAGAGCGGCAGGAACGAGGGGCCAGAGACUGGCAGGAGCGAUCGUGUGGCGGGUAGCGGGGCCGCCGCUGUGGCCGCCAAGGAAGCCGCCUCUUCCUGCUCGUCCUCGGCGGCGGCGGCGGCGGUGGGCAAGUCGCACAGCUUCUUCUCGCUGUUGCGCAAAAACGGCCGCUCCGACGAAGGCGGCAAAGGUGAGAGACCCAAAGUGCGCGGGGGCCUUAAAGGGCUCUUCAGCAGCAUGCGGUGGCCCCGCCGGGAGAAGCCGGGCGGCGGGGUGAAGGACGACGACGCUGGUGAGGGCUCCGAGGGCCAGGCCAGUCCCAGCAUCCUCAAUACAGGCUCCCUCACGGCCAGCCUGGAGUGCAUCAAAGAGGAGGUACCACCAGGAGCGUCUACUGACCCCAUCCGGACACCCCUGGUCACUAAGGAUGGAGAACAGCCAAUGAGUCCCCUUGCCACUGAAGUCAUGCUCACCACAGACCUGGCACCGCAGCCGGCACCAUGUGGCUCCGGAGGAGAGGAGCUUCCCAGGAUUUUGUCCCAGGAGAAAGAGGUCCAUCCUGAAUCAACCAGUAGUGAUGGCCAAGAGAUCGAGGACUCGGCUAAAACAGGUGACCUCCCCAUCAAGUCUUUCCCCCCUGUUGAACCCAAGUAUGAACGCAGCCAAGAGGCAGCAGCAGCCCCUGACCCUUCCUCUCUUGAUCCACCCUCUGAGCCAUCUAUUGACCGUAUUUGUUUGAUGUUUGCUGACGUGACUUCACUGAAAAGCUUUGACUCUCUUACAGGCUGUGGGGACAUUAUUGCUGACCAGGAAGAUGACGUGGGCAGCGGCGGUGGCAGUGGUGGAGGUGGAAAUGAGAGGAGUGCCCCUAGAAUUGGCAAAGCUGGGCCCUCCAAGAAGCCUGCCAGCGUGGUGACUUACCAGGGAGGAGGAGAGGAGAUGGCCAGCCCUGAACAGGUGGGAGACACUUGUACUCAGGAGUUCUGGGAUUUAUUGUCACACACUGAAGAGAAACCACAGGGGACAGCAGGAAGGAUGGAAUCCCCUGAGACCUCCAAAGGUGAUAAGAUUGUCAGGAGAGUUCAGGAUGGGUCAGCAAAUGGAAAACAGAUUGGUCUUAGCCAGAUUCCAGUUCACCACCAGAAAGAAGACCAGAAAAAUAGAGAAAAAGAGCAGCAGGAAGCCAUCCCCAGCAGUGAUGAGGGCUAUUGGGAUUCUACUACACCUGGACCUGAAGAAGACAAUACUAAUAGUAUUCAGAAAGAGGUCAUUCCCAGGGACAGCUGCAGUGGGGAUGCUCUCUAUGAUCUGUAUACUGAUCCAGAUGAAAACACAGCAACUGUGACUUCUGCAGAAAAUAUCACCACGGUGACUUGUUGCAAGCCAUUAUCUCCAAUAACAACUACUUGUCCAGUCAAAACCCAUACAACUUCACUCAAGGAUUCAAAGAUACCCAUCAGUAUCAAGCAUUUUACAUCACCACAUGGUAGCCAUGGCCAGGAUUCCAGUAAUAGCCAUCACAUUGUACACCACCAGGCUACCAAAAGUGAGAUUCCUAGAACAAAAAUCCCUGUUUCAAAAGUGCUUGUACACCGAGCCAGUUACAGAAGCUUAGCAGGGACAACAGGCAACAAUAGACAUGUUGAGGACCACAGAAUAUAUGAGUACUACUGAAGUAGCUACUACACAGUGUUGACAUCUUUUCAGUAAGGUAUCAUGUGCCUAAAGACGUAUUUUCAAAACAGAUAGGAACAAUAGGGUGGUAUGUCAAUCCAUUUGGAAAUUGAUGCAUUUAUAAUUAAAAUUUGCUUUUAAAACUAUGACAUAGAGUAUUAACUAAAAAUAACAAAUUACACAUGACUAACAUUUUAUUCAUUAAGCAUUUGUUUAACCUUUUUAGCUUUUACAGUAAAUAAAGCUAGGUAUACAAAAUACACAUCAAAAGCAUAGAGGCUGUAUACUAAUAAAGGAAAGCUAAAAAUACAAGUUUGGAAUGUAGUAACAAUUGUUUAAUUGCUUAUAUUAAUUAAAUUAUAUUGAAGUACUCUAUAUAUAGCAGUGCAAGAAACAAGAUUCAGUAUGUUUAUUUGUAAAGAUCAGCUCCAGAAAGUGAAUUUAGAUACUUGAGAAUGGGCCAUUUGGGAUUUCCCCUUUUUUUCCCCCCCCCCUUACUGUGAACAACUGAAUCCAUAGUGUGUCAAAGUGGUGCUACGAGCUACUUUUUCAAGUAACUUCACUUUCAUAAAUGUCUGUGGAGAUUCUCAGUUAUCCGGGUCAUAGUUGUCCCAAAGAUGCUUUUCACAAGGCAACUGGACUAUCUUGUUUUACUUUGAAGACGUUUCGCUUCUCAUUCAAGAAGUUUCUUC